GUGUUGGUUCUCUAUUUAGCCUUCCCCCGUCUUCCCUUGGUUUUGUUCCGUCUGUCGCCAGGGCUCUGAUCGGGUCCACCGGUGAGAUUUCGAGCCGUGCGCCGUUCGUCGCCUUCGAUCGGAGAAGCGAGGGGGAGCUGUUGCCCGAGCUGUGAUUCGUGGAUUUAUCGGGGAAUCUUAUCGGUGUUCUUCUAGUUAUGAUGAAAUGUCUUCCGUGCCUUGCGUCGCCCGGCCAGGGCGAUGCGGCGGACGAGGUUAAGGAGGAGGAGAAGAAGAAGAAGAAGAACAACGAGGGGGGAGAUGGUGCCGUUCGCAAGGAGUCUUCUGCCGCCCCGACGUCUCGUCUCGGCAGUUUAGACAAAUCAAAAUUGAGGGCUGAUUCCAAAAAGGAAGCAUCGGUUCCCAAAGAAGGAAAUCCUGAGCAUAUUGCAGCACAGACAUUCAGUUUUCGUGAACUUUCUGCUGUCACUAAGAAUUUUAGGCGAGAUUGUUUUUUGGGUGAAGGUGGUUUCGGUCGUGUAUACAAGGGAAGGUUGGAAACUGGACAGGUUGUUGCCGUCAAGCAACUUGACAGAAAUGGUCUUCAGGGGAACAGAGAGUUUCUGGUCGAAGUCCUCAUGCUUAGCCUUUUACAUCACCCCAAUCUUGUCAAUCUGAUUGGUUAUUGUGCUGAUGGCGAUCAACGACUGCUCGUCUAUGAGUUCAUGCCGUUGGGAUCAUUAGAAGACCAUUUGCAUUAUAUCCCAGCUAAUAAGGAACCACUUGACUGGAAUUCCCGGAUGAAAAUAGCUGCUGGUGCAGCUAAAGGCUUGGAAUACCUCCAUGACAAAGCAAACCCUCCAGUUAUUUAUCGUGACUUCAAAUCAUCGAAUAUACUUCUUGGUGAAGGAUAUCAUCCAAAGUUGUCGGAUUUUGGGCUUGCUAAACUUGGUCCUGUUGGUGACAAUACCCAUGUCUCAACAAGAGUGAUGGGAACAUACGGUUACUGUGCUCCUGAGUAUGCUAUGACAGGGCAAUUAACAGUGAAAUCUGAUGUAUAUAGCUUUGGUGUUGUAUUUCUCGAACUAAUUACAGGCCGUAAAGCGAUUGAUAAUGCUCGGCCUACCGGAGAACAAAAUCUAGUUGCAUGGGCUCGUCCAUUAUUCAAAGAUCGUCGGAAGUUCCCCAAAAUGGCUGACCCAUUACUACAAGGGCGUUAUCCCAUGAGGGGCUUAUAUCAGGCACUGGCAGUUGCGGCAAUGUGUUUGCAGGAGCAAGCGGCUACUCGACCUCUCAUAGGAGAUGUUGUGACGGCACUUUCAUAUUUAGCUUCACAAAAUCAUGAUCCAAUUGCAGCUAGUAUUCAGAGUACCAAGGUUGGUCCAUCCAUCCCAAGUUCUAGAAGUGGGUCUGGUGAUCAACAUGCUGUCCAGUCACCACAUCAGAAUUCUUCAGAACUAAAGCAAAGGGGUCCGCUCAAGGGAGCAAGUAAAGGUGCAAAAAUUGGCAGAGAUGGUUCUAGUGGUGGCUCGGGACGGAAGUGGAGCAUGGAGGAGUCUGAGACUCGGGAGUCUCAGAUGGAUAGCCCGGUCCAUGUGGAGAGAGCGCGAGACUCUCCAAAGAAUAUUGAUCGUGAUUUUGUUAGGGAGCGUGCCGUUGCAGAGGCUAAAGAAUGGGGUGAAAAUUGGAGAGAGAGACAACGGAGAAAUGCACAAGGUAGCUCUGACAGGACACAUGAGUAGAGGUCCUCUCAGAUCCAUUCCUCGGAUGGUUUUUUGCAUGCUUUACUUUCAUGGAAAGGAAGAAAUAGGUCAGAAUUCAGCUGAUCAGGACACAUAUUCUCUGUAAAUAAAGUCAAUGCCAGUAGCACAUUAUUAUCCUCUUGUUUCCUUUUCCUGAAAGAUCUUGUCUUUCGACAAAGGAGAUGGCACAUACAAAAGAAAAACCAAACAAAAUACCUAUCCGAAAGUGCAGAGCUGCAUUUUAGAACGUAUACAUGCAAUCUAGAAGAAGCAAUUCCCACAUUCAAGUUGCUACACAUUUCUGCCUAGGCCUAAAACUGCAAGAAAUUGUCAUCAUAUUUUUGUCCAUAAAAUCUGAGGAGUUGAUUUAGACAUAUCUGUGAUGUUCCUAUGUUUCAUAGGACUAUCUUUCUUAAAUUUGUAUUUGUGAUAUGCUUCUGAAAGCUGCCACAGUUAUGUCUGUGAAUUUAUCAGUCAUUGUUGGCUUCUUUUGUUCUA